GUGUGUAAGAGGAAGAUCAGCAGUUUUGUGCUCACACUAAUUCUGAGACCUGGACAUUCGGAACACAUUUAGAUGAAUCUUUCAUGAACAGAGAAAUGAACUCAGUGAAGAAGCUCAUCAUCAUUUACUCUCUAUUUCAAGCUGUUUUGUGUAGAGAAUUCUCCAUCAGUCUACCAGAGAGUGUAGAAGCUCUGAGAGAACUCUGUGUUCUCAUACCCUGCAGUUUUCAGAUUACAGAACAAUAUGACGUAGACCUCCGGGGAGAUCCUACAGGAAUCUGGUUAAAAGAUGGCAUUAAUACUGAGAAUAACAAAGUCUUUAACUCUAAAGAAGCUACAGAGAACAAGAUUGAAGGUGAAAUUAUUGGAGAUCUCCUCAUGAAGAACUGCACCACCAUCUUCUACAACAUCAGUGAGAGUGACAGAGGAAGAUAUUACUUUAGAUUAGAGGCUAUGAGAGGUGUAAAAAACACUUAUACAACAUCAGUAUCAGUAAGAGUUCGAGAAUCUCCAAUCAGACCCUCAAUAACACUGUAUAAGGAGGAUCAGGGGGAGGUGGAGGACCACAAUGAGGUGGUGGAGGGAACUUCACUGAGUCUCAUUUGCUCUGCUCCAGCUGCUCCAUGUCUCUUAAAGCCUCCCACUUUGACAUGGAGCUUCCUGCCUGAGGGGAGAAGACAGGAGCAGAACCACAACACCAGCUUCAGCUCCUCAAAGCUGAACUUCAACGUUACUCACCUGCAUCAUGGACUCGAUUUCACCUGCACUGCCACCUACCAGCUCCAGAACCUUAACAAAUCAGUACAAAGCUCUCGUACUCUACAUGUUCUGUAUGGUCCUAGAAACACAUCAGUAUCAGUGUCUCCAUCUGAUUCAGUACUUUUGGGCAGUUCAGUGUUUCUGAGUUGUAGCAGUCCAGGCGGCAUCCGGAACAGAUGCCCAAGCCAGCUCAGCUGACUCCUCUGGUGCCAUGUGUACUGAUGGACACCCUUAUACUUGAACAUGGUGUUUGUUAUGGACAAACUGUGACUAGCAC